CAGUGCAUCACCACACAUACUCACACGAACCUACUUCAACAUGAGAACCGCUCUACAGAUUGCACUCUGUGGCCUCUGUCUCACAAUGUGUCUGUUUGAAGGAAGAACGGCAGAUUUACCAGACCCUCCUCCGGUAGACUGUGUCUGGGGCCGGUGGUCUGACUGGACUGUUUGUGAUCCUUGUUCAAAAACACGAAGGCGCUCCCGGACCAUAGAGGUGUUUGGGCAGUUUGGAGGCCGACCGUGCAAAGGCUCUUUAGGGGAGAGAGAGGCCUGCACAACAAGUCAAGCAUGUGUCAAGCCACCAGCUCGUAAUUGUUCUGUCAGUGAGUUCCAGUGCAGUGUGGAGUCAGGCCAAUGUAUCAAAAAGAGGCUUAUGUGCAAUGGGGAUUGGGAUUGUGAAGAUGGGUAUGACGAGGAUUGUGACCCUGUGCGUAAACCGUGUGGGAGUCUUAAUCUGAUCAAUAGUGAGCAUGGCAGGAGAGCAGGAUAUGGAAUCAAUCCAUUAAGUGCAGAUCCCAGACAAAACCCAUUUUACAAUGACUAUUUUGGUGGGAGGUGUGAGAGAGUGAGAAACCCAUCCUCUGGAAUAUAUGACAGAGUACCUUGGAACGUUGGAGUCCUCAGUUAUCAGACUGUGGUGAAAGAGACUGUUUCCAGGGAGAUUUAUGAAGAUUCACACACUCUUCUCACAGAAAUACUCACAGAUAUAUCCUCUAAAGUUCACGUUGGACUGUCCUUCAAAUUUAGUCCCAGUGAGCCCUCCACGUCAGGUGGGAGCACAGAUGGGAGUACAAAUGGGAAUACAGGUGGACCCCCACCUGUUACGGGACAAGUGAGCUUUGAUCCACAAGUAGAGAAGAAAAACAUGGUUAGGGCUGUGUCAGAGUACACCACCAUAAAGAACAAGAGUUUCAUACGUGUUAAAGGGUCCAUACAACUAAGCACAUACAGGAUGCGUUCUAAUGAUCUCCAAGUUGCACUGGGUUUUGUGGAGGAUGUUAAAAGACUCCCACUAGAAUAUGAGAAGAGUAUAUAUUUUUCCUUCAUUGAGGACUAUGGAACGCACUACACCAAAAACGGAAGACAUGGUGGUUACUAUGAUCUUGUCUAUGUUCUCAAUCAGGACUCGAUCAAGAAGAAAAAAAUAACAGAAAGAACAUUACAAGAAUGUGUCAAAAUAGGAAUCUCUGCCAGUGCUGCCAGUCAGUCUAUUGAUGCUUCAGGCAACUUUGGUACAGAUGAUUGUAAAUCACUUACUGCAAAGAACGAAGAUGAAACAUUUGGUAAAGCUGUUGUGGACAGAGUAGUGUCUGCCAUUUAUGGAGGCAGUCCUUCGGCUGCUGCUGGCAUGAAGACCCAACUGGGCAAAGAGGGGAUACUGGACAUGACGACCUUUCAGAACUGGGCUAGAUCAAUUGGGGACGAACCCACACUCCUUGACAGUGAUCCAGAGCCUAUCUACACACUGGUGCCACUAGAUCUACCCAAUGCCAAUACUUUAGUAGCCAACAUAAAGAGAGCUUUAGCAGAGUAUGUGGCAGAGUACAGUCCAUGUAAGUGUAAGCCCUGUCAUAACGGAGGCACCCCUGCAUUGAUCGACGGAGAGUGUCAGUGCUUGUGCCCUCCUUCCUACGGCGGCCUGGCCUGCCAAAAUUACUUAGUCAAAUCUCAGAACAUCCAGGACAUACCCACUGUGGCCCAGAUUGGUAACUGGGGGUGCUGGUCAGUUUACUCUGAAUGUGUACUUGGGAAGCGCAGCAGAACACGCACCUGCAACACAGAAGGCCUCCAGAGCGCAUCUUGUGUUGGAGAAAUUCGAGCUGAGGAGUAUUGCUGAGAAUUGUGAAUUAUUUUCAAUUAUUCAGCAAAAAGUAAACAGGAAGGAUUUACGAAACAACACCACAUGUUUUAUCACUUUUUAUAUGUUCAGCAAUGAUGAAGUUGUUUAUUGAACUGCAAAUGCAUCAUAUUAUGUGAUGAUCUGAAGAUACUGAUCUGCUAAAUUCUGGUUUAGAGUUCAGUUUAUUUGUUGUUUUGUCUGUAUCUUUGUAUAAGAUUAUUAGAAGUGAAGCUUCUUUUGCAGUGGUCAAGGUUGCAGGAUUAGGAUUACAGUAUGCAAGUACAGCUGCAGAUACAAAGGCUUUGGUUAAAUAAGUGUGGGUGAGUGGGUGAUAGAGUUUGCAGAUUAAGAUACUUUUUCCCAGUUGCUACAAUUUACAACAAUAAAGUAUCAUCAUCAUGGAGCUGACAAUAAUUAAAUAUAUUGAAAUUAUUAGUUUGAAUUGGCUGCUAUCGGUGGUUUGUAUUGUGAGAGUGAAAUGCUGAUACUGCCCAACACAACAC